AAGCGCAAUAACCCAACUGCAUUUUCAUAUCGACCACAAUUUCCACCAACACAAGUAGAGGAGACACCUGAGGACUAUGGUGUAUAUGAUCCAGAUUAUCCAAAGUUUAUUAAUGGUGAUGGGCAUCAAGGUGGCAAUAGAGGCGGGUACAAAGGAGGAAAUAGAGGUGGGUACCAAGGUGGCAAUCGAGGUGGAAACAAGGGAGGAAAUGGAGGUGGGUACAAAGGCGGCAAUCGAGGUGGAAACAAGGGAGGAAAUGGAGGUGGGUACAAAGGAGGUGGAUACCAGGGUGGCAAUGGAGGUGGAAACAAAGGACGAAAUGGAGGUGGCAACGGGCGUGGUGGGUGCCGACAUGGUUGUUGUGACCGUGGUGGGUACUACAGAGGUAAUUGCCACAAUUGUUGCUAAUCUGCUGUUCCAGCCAAAGCCUUUUGCUGCUGAAUCGACGACUACAACAAGUACUAGUAGUACUACCGAUAAUCUCAAGCCUUGAGAGAUAUAGAUCACUAUAUCCAUCUGGAUGAAUAUGCUAGCUGUAUUAUUGUUGUGAAAUAUCUUCGAGGAAGCGACUUCGAAAUUAAUAAUCGCUCGAUUUCAAGAUUUUAGAAUUUCAAUAAUGAAAUAAGAUAUUUUAUA